AUGGACCUCGACGAGGACUACGAAGAAACCGGAAACGAUGACAGGGAUGACGAUCGCGACGAGGAAUAUUUGGGGCAAAAUUACGACGGAGAAUAUGGCGAAGAUGGUGCGAGAGUGGAAUCAGAGGCGCGAUUUGAAAACGAAUACGACGAAGCGGAGGAAAACGUGGGAGAUGAAGAAGAAGAAUUCCCCGAAGACGUCGAAAGUGAAUUAAUUCGAUUAUCCUCAGGGAAUAGUAGCGGAUUCGAGGGAAUCGCCAGGAUAAAUUUGUCCCCGUUAACUCAGAAGAUCGUGGGAUGCGUGAUCGGUGAAAAUGUCACCACCGAGUACCCCUGGAUUUACGUUAAAAAGGAGAUAAUAGAGGAUAACAUUGACCUUCACGACGAGAGCAGCGAUUUUUUGCCGAUCAAAGACGCGGUUAUCGAAUUCCCUGGGAACAAGAUGCUCGUCGGUUACGCACCUUCCAGUAGUCAAGAGGGACAAUUUUACGUGUGCGUUACAGAAGCUGCCAGGGAUUCCGUGAUCGAACAUAUCGACGAGCUGAGAAGCGUGCAGGAGAAUCGUGUGAGAAACGCGGUUUACAAAACCGUUGGAACGUGGACGUCCUUGGGAAGUGAAAUCGAAGUCAAUUACGAAAUUGAGAAGAACACGAGACCGUUGUUCGAAAUCGAGGUCCAGACCACUUCUAAUUUGUUGAAUCAAGAGAUGAACUUCUCCGAUCGUGGAGCCGGAGACCAGAGGGAUGGCUAUGUGGAGCUGAUCCCGCAGGGAGAUGAAUUUGCGAGCGUUGCUCGAACAGUUAUAGGCCGUGGCGAUCAGGUGAAACCGACCGUCAGGGACAAUGAAGCGCAAACCGAUCCUUCCAUGCCGAAUAACAUGUGGACGCAGUACGAUUACGAGUGUCGAGUAAUCGACCCUGCCGAGUACGACGAAGAAAAAUCAGGAGCGCUGUCCGAUUUCCUUGAAAAGUAUCGGGAGGAAGUCUGCGAUUAUGUAGCUGUUAACGAGAAGUGGGACGUUUACUACAACGAUUACGCUGGUUUGGUUCGAAACGAGAGGGAUACAAAUCCUCCGGAAGUGGUCAAGUAUCUCGAACAUCAGAGUUACUCGGACGGAAGGAUAUGCAAGGAUCGAGUGGUCAACAGUUUUAUUUGGCAUCCACUUUGGACAGGCACUGCGGCCGCCGCCUACACUCAUCACAGCAAAGUGGAGACCCUGAGUCGACCCGAAGGACACGACGAAGUUCGUCGCGCUUGCGAAGGAAGCAACAAGGUCCUCAUCUGGUCAUUCACGGACUGUCUUACUCCGAAACUGAUUUUGGACUCUCCUCGGGAAGUGACUGCGGUUUCCUUUUGCCCGUUAGACGGUAACGUUGUCGUCGGAGGUUGCGCUAACGGACAAGUUGCGAUUUGGGACAUAACAGGAAAAAUAGAAAACGUGGAGACCGUCGAAGUUCGUACAGCGGCCCAAGUGAAAUACAGAGUGUCGAUGCAGAGCCUGAUGACCUGGAUGAACGAAACGACGUCGCCGUCAACAAUCAGGCCAGCAGCUAUGUCGAAUCUACAAUAUAGUCAGGUGGCUCCGAUAACCGAAAUAAUUUGGGUUCCUCCCUACAACAAACUCGACAAAAAUGGACGGGUCCAAAGCCUCCCCAAAGACACACCGGUCGAGAAUCUGACUUGGCAGUUCGUAACAUCGAGCGAAGAUGGGACGGUUGCUUUUUGGGACUUGAAGUUAGACCAACCUUCAGAACUCAGCGAAGGUCGUAUGAGAACAAAGUCCAAGCGACGAGUUCCCAGACCUGAUCCUUUGAUCCAGGCGAUUUCACCCUAUAAACAAUUGGACAGGGUAUUCAGACCCGACUACAUGAUCACCAUCAAAAGUUCGGAAGACGUUACGGUUCCUCUGACAACCGUUAACAUGUACUACCCCAAAUUCCCCACCAUUCAAUUGACCGAGGAAAUUGCCGGAAUGAACAUAUCGACCAGACGUUACCACCAGCACGUCAUAGAAAAGCCGGACUACGAAAUGGAGCCGUACCUAGUUGUGGGUACGACGGAGGGCGAUCUGAUGCGGUUCACUUGGGAUGGUUACGAAUUCUCAACCGGGAUGCCGGUGAAUAACGAACCCGCUGUCGUCCUGGCUUGGAGCAAAAUACACGACGGACCCGUCACCGUUGUCGCAAGGUCAAAGUACGUCCGCAAAGUGCUCAUCACGAUCGGUGGCAAGGUCUUCGCACUGUGGCGUGACGAUUCGAUGCUCCCCAUACUGUGGAGAAAGAAUAAAAUGAAGUACACGGCCUGCUGUUGGGGUUCUUCCAGACCAACGUUGUUCCUACUCGCUCAAAAUGACGGUACCAUUGAGAUAUGGGAUUUGUUGAUGCGAAGCGAGCAGCCAAUGUUCACCCAGAGUGUGUCCGGCCGAACUAUAACUGGUUUGGUGACGCACAGCUUGUAUUUGAAUCCGAGGUGCAUCGCGUUUUCGGAUUUCAACGGGACGUUGAGGGUUUUCACCGCGCCGGACGUGUUGAUGCUGUUCGAGGAAAGUGACAUCAAAUGGCUGGAGCAAUUCGUUGACAGGGAGGUUGAGAGGAUAAAAGAAUUCAAGGAAUGGCAGGAACGGUGGAGUUCUACGAAUCUUGAGAAUAUCGAGCGCAAAAAGAUCCUCGCUGAACUAGAUGCCGAGAAACAGAGACUGGAGGAAGUUAACAGAAAGAAUAAGGAAAUGGAGGACGCUGCAGCGCAGCAGGCGGGCGAAAAGGCGGCUCGUGUCCGAAGUCGUCCGAGACCGGAGGAAUUUCUAGCGAGGGCGAAAGAACGUUGGAAAGCGAUGGAGCUUCGUCGUAUGCAAAGAGUGAUAUUGGACAAAAAAGGACUGCGCAAAGACGACCUUGAAAAGCAGCGCGCGCCGAUGAUGAUGCUGAGGGACGAGGCCCAGCGAAAGAAAAAGAAGCUUCGAAAAGUCCUCCAGAUGCAGGACAAAAUUUUCGAGGACACUAUCGCCUUUUUAUUUCCCGAUCAGUACCGGGAACGGAAGGCAACCUUACUCUUCAAGGACCAAGAAGCAGCGUCCGUUAGAACAAAAGUAAAAACCGGAACGGAAGACGGUGACGAUCUAGCCGAUCUCCUUCGAAGUGAAGAGGCUCAAAUUCCUGUAACCCAAUUCCAAAGUCCCGAGGAAGAAAUGGUCUUCCAGUUUCUGGAAACUCAAGCUGAAGCGCUUGAAAUUGUACGACGUAACCCUUACAAACCAACGUUUGUAUGGAGGAAAGUUUUGACCGAGGGUAAAUAUAGAAGAAAGGUCAUGGACAUGCAACUUGCCAGACGAAACGGACACAGAAGAGAUUACUUGGAUAUGAAGAGCAUGAAGGAAGCUGUGAAAACACGCGCCAGGGCUGGAACUGUAUGGUUCACGGCUAUCGACAGGAAUGAGGAUGCCGAUGUAGAAGAUCGGGAGCCGGAUGCCGAUGAUGACGACGAAGAAGAAGAGGUAAGGAACGAAGAAGGUGAUUGA